AUCUGAUUCUUUACAAAACCCUAACCCCUGAAUUCUCCUUCAACGCGGGCCUCCAUUCCAUUCCAGGCCCCCGCUUCUCUGUGGUGCUCGAACCAGAACUUCCAUGGAGGAAAACCCAGAGGCUGCUGCUCCUUCAAAGCCAAAGCCAGUCAACCUAUGCGGGGAGUGCAAUAUUAACCCCUCAAAGUACAAGUGCCCGGGCUGUUCUAUCCGCUCGUGUAGCCUCCCUUGCGUCAAUUCCCACAAGCAGCGCACUGGUUGCACCGGGAAAAGGUCCUUCACCAAGGUCGUUCCGACGUCACAAUUUGAUGAUAAUCUCCUCCUUUCAGAUUACAACUUGCUUGAGGAUGUGAAGCGAUUUACUGAUUCUGCUCAGAGGAUGAGAGUUAAAUUAUGUGGUUAUCCUCGUUUCAAGCUUCCGUAUCCCCUCAAAAGUCUUCAAAAUGCUGCUGGAAGUCGCAGGACAAAACUGAUGAUUCUUUCAAAUGGAAUGUCAAAGAGACAGAUUAACCGUACUCGUUACAACAACAGGGAUAAAUACAUAUCUUGGACCAUUGAGUGGCGGUUUCAUUCCACUGACGUUGUAUUGCUCGAUCAUGGAGUACACGAGAAUUCAACUAUGUCGUAUGUGAUUGAGAAACAUCUAAAGCCUAGUCCUUGGAAUCACAAAUUGAGGCAAUUCUGCGACCAGGCCCUGGAUUCCUUGAAAUUCUUCAUUCGCAAAUAUCCAACGGGACCAAAAUCACCUUUUUUCCGGCUAAACAUUAGGGCACCAAUUCGUCAACAAUUGGCUAACAUAACCGUCUUGGAGUACCCGGUAAUCCAUGUCUUUCUACCUUCACAUAAAUGUGAUUUUGACAUAAUCAACGAUUGGAAUACAAGUAAGGCAGAGAUUCGAGAGCCAGUUCACCUCGAUCAACCAAGUCCUAAAGGCGUUGUAUUUAAGGAGGAAGAAAUUGAAGAUGAUGAAUCUUUAGAUCCUUGCAUUUCAGAUCUCAAGAACCUUGAGAAAAACGAAUCCAAGAGUGCAUCAAAAGAGCCGGCGCAAAGCCCCCCGCCUGCUGGAAAGACAAACCAGACUGGAUCAGUUACUCAUGGCAAUACACUCAUCGCAAGAUCUGAAGAUAAUACUAUAGGCCACGAUAUUGAGCAGCUGCUAGCUGAUAUUCCCGACUUGGAUUUUGAUUUUGACUUUGAUUUUGAUUUCGAAUCAUCUCUAGUGGAUGUCUAUGACCUUACGGCGGAGACAAGCUCCACUGACUUUCUUGAUUUCAACGGGGUGUCAGCUAAUCAAAAGGAUCUAGAUCGCAAUGAUUGUCCCAUGAUUGAUGAAGAACUCGAGGAAGGGGAGAUCGCAUAAGUAGCUUGUUUCCCAACAUAGAAAGGUUUCCACAGAGACACGGCCUCGGAUGAUAUCGGCAUUUGUCCGGUUUCGAUUUUCGACAGUUUCCCAACAUAGAAAGGUACCUCCAUCUCCUGAUUUCAUCUCUCUUUUCUGCAAAACAUCAUAAAGAUUUGAUAUUUAUCUGUUAAUAUUUGGCUGAGAUUCUAUUUUGGGAAUUUCCAGCUACAAUUUUGCCAGCCAUUGUAGAUGUAGAUGAAGUGUGUUAUUUGUGAUAUUUGAGAAUUUUUAAAUUGUUAAUUAAUUUCAGGUAAGAGUUAUGUCUUCA